AUGGAGAACAUCAAGGAUGAGGACGUAAACAAGCUGAUGGGGAUCACUGAGGUUUCCCCGCAGAAACCGGCGUGGUGGUAUCCGGUGUUGGAUAAGGCCCUUCCCUACUUUGCCUUUGGGAUCGGGACUGACGCAUUGCCUGUUGCUCCGCUGUAUAUGCCUGCUCUCACUGCUUCCCUGGUGGGCUUCGUGAACCGGCUGCGGGAUCCAACUGGUAACAGCACCCGGACAUUUUCCCAAUAUAGCAUGGAGCCUCCCCUGCCCUCUGGUCUGGCGUCUUCCUCCUUCGAUGAUUCUGUUUUCUCUUUCUCCGCAGUGGAUCAGCUUUUUACCCUGUACAGAGACGAAAAAUCAUAUGUGCAAGAGGUUGUGAAGCUUUUGGACGUGGAAACCCGUCUCCCUAAGGUGAGGGAUGCUGGUCCAUUGCAGGUGUUUACAGAGGGAGCCUCUUCUGGCCAGGUCUCUGCAAGUGUUGUCCCUCCCCCGGUUUCCUCUGCCUCUGCCCCAAACUCCUCCGUCCCGCCCUCUUGA